UCUGAUACUGACAGUCUUUGAGUCCGACCCGGAAUUGCUGCUAGAGGAAAAAUAAACACUAGCAGAGGCGCCAUCUUUCCGGAGUCUUGGCGGUACAUCGGCCCAUUAGCGCACGAUACACACUGCUGAAGCAGUAACUUAACAUGUCCUUCUCAGAUAUCUGUCUCUGUUAGACUAAAAUACGUUUCUGGGGCAGUAACAGUGAGACGGUGACAGACGGUGACUUGUCGCGGUCCUACUGAGAGAUGUCACCCGGCCGGGCGGCGUAACGUCAUGACGUUGGAGCGCGAGUUGUGAAUCUGGGCGCAGGAGGUUGGGUUGGUGGUGCUGGGCAGCAGAGAGGAGGACAUUGGGCAUUGCUGGUUUCAGCUCCUGGACUGACAUGCCUCAGGUCCAGGUCUCCGGUGUUACUGUGGACUUCCCGUUUACUCCGUACAAAUGUCAGGAGGAUUACAUGGCCCGGGUACUGGAGUGCCUGCAGAAGGGGGUGAAUGGUGUUCUGGAGAGCCCUACGGGCACUGGGAAAACACUGUGUUUACUCUGUGCCACUUUAGCCUGGCGACAAAAUUUCAAAGAUGGCAUCACAGCACGGAAGAUUGAGGAACGUAUGAAUGGGGUACAACUGUUCCCGGACCGUCCUACUGCAGCCUGGGGAAGCGAUGAGACAGGUGGACAGGGCACAGCAUACUACAGUGACAUUCCCAAGAUUAUUUAUGCAUCCAGAACACACUCUCAGCUGACCCAAGUUAUAAGUGAGCUGAAGCACACCUCAUACAGACCUAAAGUCAGUGUCCUGGGCUCCCGAGAACAGCUGUGCAUACAUCCAGAGGUCAAGAAGCAAGAGAGUAACCAUGUCAAGGUACAUAUGUGCCGCUCCAAAGUGUCCAACCGCUCUUGUCACUUCUAUAACAAUGUGGAGGAAAAGAGCACAGAGAAGGAUCUAACCACUCAGAUACUGGACAUUGAGGAUCUGGUGAAGAAUGGCACAAAGCACAGGGCUUGUCCCUAUUACCUGUCUAGGAAUCUGAAACAACAAGCGGAUAUCAUAUUCAUGCCCUAUAAUUAUCUACUGGACCCAAAGAGUCGUAAAGCCCAUAACAUCGAUCUGAAGGGCACUAUUGUGAUAUUUGAUGAAGCUCACAAUGUGGAGAGAAUGUGUGAGGAGUCUGCUUCCUUCGACCUGACUCCUUAUGACUUGGCUUCUGGGAUUGAUGCUUUAGACCUGGUGAUAAAGGAGCACACAGAGAACCUGGAGCAGAAACAUAUAAGUGCAGAGUUCAACAUGCAGUCCCCAAGCACCUCUUUGAACAUAGAGCUUGAAGACUUGGCCAAGAUAAAGGGAGCGUUGCUUCAGCUGGAGCGGUCCAUUGAUGCCAUUGUACUUCCUGCAAGUGGGGCUGGCAUCACUAAAGAGGGGAGUUACAUCUUUGACCUCUUUGCAUCUGCGGGAAUCACAUAUGAAUCAAAGUCUGGCCUACUGGAAUUACUGGACCAAAUUAUACAACACGUGGGUGGAAGUUCUGGGGUCUUCACCAACACUCUAGGCCUGCAGAAGUUGGCUGAUAUCAUCCAGAUUGUGUUUAAUAUUGAGAUCCCUGAAGGUGCCGCAGCCUCUGUCAGAAGCCCCCAAGUCUCAAAAUACUACAAGGUCCACUUCCAUGCAGACAGCAGUCAGAGGAAGAAGCCGCGAGGAGAUGUGUGGAGCAACAGCAGGAAACAGGGAGGCAAUGUGCUCAGUUACUGGUGUUUCAAUCCUGGGUAUACAAUGAAUGACUUGGUGAGACAAGGAAUACGAAGCAUCAUCCUGACCAGUGGGACUCUGUGCCCCCUUUCCUCCUUCACCAUGGAAAUGCAAAUACCAUUUCCUGUGUCUCUGGAAAACCCGCACGUAAUUGAAAAACACCAGAUUUGGGUUGGAGUUGUUCCUCAGGGCCCUGAUGGAUCUCAACUCAGUUCCGUAUUUGACAGACGGUUCUCAGUCGAUUAUUUAUCAUCCCUGGGAAAGACAAUUGGCAACAUAGCUCGUGUGGUUCCUCAUGGUCUACUGGUUUUUUUCCCCUCCUAUCCAGUUAUGGAUAAAAGUAUAGAAUUUUGGAAGGAAAAUGGCUUCUCCUCACGCAUAGAGGAUGUAAAGCCAAUGUUUGUGGAGCCCAGAGGUAAAGGAUCAUUUAAUGAGGUGAUGGAUGCUUAUUAUGAGAAAAUACAGGACCCUAAAGGCAGCGGUGCCAGUUUCCUGGCAGUGUGUAGGGGGAAGGCUAGUGAGGGGUUGGAUUUUGCAGAUUGCAAUGGCCGUGGUGUUAUAAUCACUGGCCUCCCAUUCCCCCCACGAAUGGACCCUCGGAUAGUACUUAAGAUGCAAUUCCUGGAUGAGAUGAGAAAAACACAGGGAUCCACUGGAAUGUACUUGUCUGGACAGGAGUGGUAUCGCCAACAAGCAUCCCGUGCAGUGAAUCAGGCAAUUGGUAGAGUCAUCCGGCAUCGGCACGACUAUGGAGCGAUAUUUUUGUGUGACCACAGAUUCGGUAAAAGUGACUCUCGUGCACAGUUGCCCUCUUGGGUCCGACCUUACAUACGUGUCUAUGACAAUUUUGGCCAUAUCAUUCGUGAUGUUUCUCAGUUCUUCCGUGUGGCACAGAAAAUUAUGCCGCUUCCUGCGCCACGCAACAUUCACAAUGUAGGAGGCCCUUCUCUGUCCACAUCUGACUCGCCUUCACAAUCCCAGCUUUCUCAUUCUGCAUUUAGCAACCGGAGUACUCUAAUAAAAGCAAAGACUCUAGACUCUCAUGUGCCCAGUCUGAAGAGGAAAAGAGAUGAUGAUGUGCCCUGUCUCCUGCGGAGCCCGCUAUUCCCCAUGGUCCUGACGGAGUCCCAGCAUCCACUACGGACUAUGAGAAAUAGAAUUAUCGGCUGCACUAUGGACCUGCCAUCGGGAACAGUCUCUGGCUUAUGUGAGGGUUACGAGCAGAACGUAGGUGUCGCAUUUCACCGCCCAGCUGGAUUACUGGAUGCGUUGGACCACAGUGAGAAAAGACUGCAUGGAGAGCUAGACUCAGAUGAGAAGGUUACGCGUUCCUCAACGCUGUCUCUGCAGUAUGAUAAGAGGCUGGCUGAGGAGCAGAGAGGCGGCAAGAAAAAGAUAAAGGUUGUUCCUAGCCGGACCAUGGAAGACAGUUCCCCUCCUAACAGGAAAAUGAACAGUGCAUCCAUGUUCCUGCUGUCCGUGAAGCAGUGUCUUAGUCAGGAGAACUACAAACUCUUCAUGGCAGCCUUGACAGACUACAAGAAAAACGAUAACCUGCAGAGCCUUAUUCCUCAGCUAUGCGCACUCUUCUGCCAGGACCCUGGGAAACACAUACUAAUAUGGGGUUUCUACCAGUUUAUUCGACCUCAUCAUAAGAAAGAAUUUGACUUGGCCUGUAAGGAAUUUACUGGAAGUGGGUGUGGAUACAAGCCAGAGCAUAGUAUACCACGGACAGAGAGAGAGAAUGCACAAACUGCUACUGGAUCAAAACUCACCUUCUCAGAGAGUUCAGCUGAACACCUGAAUCAUGGUGGGGGGCAUCUAAGUUCUGAGUCACUGAAAGCUCCUGCAAGUAAUUAUGGGGUUGGCCCCACUAACAAAGAACAGCAAACACAGGCAUCUGCUUACCUGAAACAAGUGAAAGAGGCCUUGGGAUCCUCAAAUUUCCAACGCUUCUCCGUAGCCCUUUCUUCCUACAAGAAAACGGACAACUAUGACACUAUGGUCUGUGAGAUUGCUGCAUUGCUUACAGAAAAGCAGCAGCAUUAUGUAUUACUGAGAGAAUUUCAUAGAUUUGUUCGUGUCCAUCACAAGAAGAUGUUCAGCCAACUGUGUGAAGACUUAACAGGAGGAAGCAGCCUACCCAGGAAAACAGCGGGCCAGCCCAGUUUCAGUAAUGGGAGGCCACCAACACCUUCACCUCAAGAUAUACAAGUAUCCAGUGAUGAGGACCAACGGUGCAGAACAGAGUUGAUAGUUUCCCAUAAUGAUGAGCGAGCCACAGAGCAGUCUCAAAAACGGGCUGCUACAGUUGCUAUUGGGGAACACUUCAGGUUUAAAACUGACAAUCAUCUUCCUCCUUUCAUUUCUGAGUCAGAAGGCCCAACCUGUCUUCACUGCAAAACAAAAGGGUCAGUUCCUUUCAAAUGCACGUCGUGUGACUUCUUCUGUUGCAAAGCCUGCUGGGAACAGUUGAUUAAGGAAAACAAACCAUGCCCCUCUUGCAGAACUAGCAUCACAAAGCGACACCUAGGACAGAUAUUCUUCCUGGCACCGUCCUGAGGUCAGCAAUAAGACGAAAAUGGAUCUGCGCACUACUGGAGACUUUUCUUGCAUUACAGUUCUCCAUGCUAUUACUGUGGAAUAUAACGAUAUAUGGUGCCUGCUGGGGUCACUUCCCAACUUUUCAGUUCUAAGGAGUAUCUACAGUCAUAUAAAGGAAAACUUGACCCUCUGCCAUGCCCCCUUCUACCUGGUCCCAAAGAUUCUGCUAGUUUUCCUAUUGCAGUUAACAUGACUGAAAUAAUUUUUAUAUACAAAGAAAAAACCUCUUCCGUUAGCCCCGAGUAACUGCAAUAAGAAGCAGAGCAUGUUGUACCAGAUGAUGAAAGGGGACAUGUAAAACUAGUAAUCCCUUAUAGAGGAUUUUACUGUUCUAACACUUGAGAUUUAUUCUAUUUUAUUAUAACAAGACAGUUAUAUCACACCGUCUAUGCAUAUGUACAGUUUUAUACAUGGUCACAAUGUUUUUGCAAAUGUGUGUCUUGAUCUUAAACUACAGUCUAACAAGACUGAUAGAUUAUUGUGGGAUACAGUUAAUUUGCCAGCGUUCAGGAUACUGAACGCACAGGGGCUAUCCCCACUCAUGGGUUUCCACAACACCCAUAGAGUGGGAAUAGAACCUGUGGUGAGCCACCAAGCCCGCAGUAUGGCGAGCGCAGUGAGCCGGCAAGGGGACUCUCUGCGCUCGCCCUGCUGCUGGCAUACUGGUGGACGGAUGCCGUUGUCUGUAUACUGACGGCUGGCAUAUCAUACUGAUCCCCUUAUUAUAUGUGAUAAGUGGUUACUGAUGAGCAUAGAAUGGUUCGUGCUGUUCAGGGAAAAGGGAUAUCAUUCAUUUUGAAUCUGGGUCCAAUGAACCGGUUUUAUUUCUUAUUCUGGAGAUCUUUCCAGAUAAAAGGGCCAGAAGGUAAAUUUGGGUAAACGAUAGGGAGAAGUACAGUAGGAUGCGACAAAUCUGUGAAUAUAUUUUAUGCUACAUUAUUAACAAAUGCACAGUGUGCAGACACAAAAAUACAUUGAGCUGUGCUUGCUAUUUAUAGCAUUUCAGUGUUUUAUGUGUGUAAAUUGGGUGUGGUUCGUUUUAUCGACAGUGUCUAUGUCGAC